AUGCACAGCGAAAUAUCAAACCCCGACGUUUUGUCGCCCAAGGCAUGUAAAAAGCCACUUUCGCUUCCUCCUGGGUUUGUGGACACUGCGUCCAAAAAGAAGGUGGCUCCAAUCGGGCCGAAGAAACAGUCGGCAGCUCAAGUUGAUGAUCUUAAAAUGAAAAAAGCAUGGGAGAUUGCAGUUGCACCUGCCAAAGGCAUUCCAAUGAACUUGUUUAUGAGCUAUAUGACGGGUAAUUCGUUGCAAAUCAUCCCCAUAAUGAUGACUUUCUCGCUUUUUUGGAACCCGGUGAAGGCUAUAUUCACAGAAACAAACGCAGCAUUCACCAAUCUCUGGACAGAAAAGAAUGCUUCUAACAUAAUACUUGCGAAAGUUGCAUUCGUGAUUUGUCAGAUCGCCGCAAUGUCGGUUGGACUCUACAAGUUUUACAAAAUGGGUCUCCUUCCUACAGCUGAAUCAGAUUGGCUUGCAUGGAAGGCGCCAAUGAGGAUAGUGGAAAUGUGUGCAGUGGUCGUUCAAUGA